AUGAGCGCGAUACUCUCCAGACGCCUCUUGGCGCGGCCGACUCUACGGCACGCGGUCGAAUCGGCAGCCUCCGCCUCCAGGACGCCCCAGCUCGUACGCGCCGUGUCCACCACCCCCAACACCCAGGCCAACGAUGGCGCCGGCUACAAGAAGGGCACGGGGAACCUAGCCUCGAGUCUGUUUAGCCGCGGUGCCCCAGCCCAAGCCGAAGAUGCGGCGACGGCAGCGGCGAAGAAGAAGCAGACGCCCGGCGGAUUCGCCAUGGCCAACCUCUCCAAGGUCCUAGGUCCCGCUCCCGUCGGCCCCGAAGACCAGGAACCUACCCUCGCGAGCCUCACCCACGAGCUCACCGGUCGACGCGCCCUCGAGGAGCAGGAGCCCUACCACUUCCAUAUCCUCUCCCACAAGCACAACACCCACGUCACCGUGACGAAACCCAACCGCGACGCCAUCAUCUCGCUCUCGUGCGGCAACAUUGGCUUCCGGAAAUCGAGGAGGAAGCAGUACGACGCCGCCUACCAGCUCACCGUCUACGUUCUUGAGAGGCUGUACGAUGCCGGCUGGGACCGCAAGAUCAACAAGCUCGAGGUCGUGUUGCGGGGUUUGGCGCCGGGCGGGAGGCCGCGACCAAGGUCCUUCUCGGCACCGAGGGCAAUAAGCUGA